GAGGAUUAGUGAACAAUUACAAAAUGUAGCGCAGAAGAAAUUGGAAGUGCAACAGUUGGCUUCUAAGUACCAACGCUUGCGAUCAACAUACAGGUCUUGGCGUAUGCUAAUAGGACAUACGGGGUUUGGUUGGGAUCACGAGUCCCAAACUCCAACAUGUCCUAAAGAGAUAUGGGAAGAAUAUAUAAAGCAAAACCCUGGUGCGCAGCAAUUCCUACAUAAAGGACUCGUUGAUAGAGAGUUAUAUGAGGUCAUAUUCGAGAAGCAAAAUGCAACUGGCAGAUUUGCUUUCACAUCUGCAUCUGAACCUGCGGCAUCCACCGUGUGUUUUUCCGAUCCCAUCGAGGCAAACAUGAAUGAAGAUGACUUCGAUCCUGAUCCAGAUAGAUCAACUGGAGAAAAACGAUCUAAUAGGUAUGGAGAUAGCAGAUCCGUAAAUAGGAGGAGGAGAAGGAGAGACGAGGAGGGAAACCCAUUUUUGGGUGCGAUGACUCAGUUGGCGCAAGCUAUUUCCAAUAAGACUAUGGGAUCUGCGGCAUCAACUCGCAGUGGCGGUGAUGGGACCCAAGAGAACACAAGUGGUUGGACGGAUCGAUAUUCCCUGGAAAAUUGUCAGUCAAUUUUGGAAAGUAUGCAACUUCCACCGCAAGUAUAUUUGGAUGCUAUGAAGUACUUAAUUGCCAACCCAGAGUGGCGUCAGCUUAUGGUGAACAUGUCACAUGCGAACAGGGAAUUUUGGGUUUAUAAUGAUAUCCGUCGUACGUAGAUGACGGUUUAGGACUUCCUUGUUGAACUUGUUUUCGGUUGUUAGUCUUUAUUGAUUCUGUUGACAUAUGAGAUAUUUUUAUAUUUACUUUCUUCGUAUUACAGACUUCA